UCCAAAGUGCCGAUUUCAUCAGGUGUGCUCGCUGCAGCUACAGAUGGACGCCUUUUAGAAGCUCCACGGUUUUUUGGAGAGCGGGAUUAGCUUCUCUUACAAGGGGGUCUCGAAUAUCAAAGUGAAAUGAGACGAGAGAAGCAGGCGUACACGGAACAAAGUGAAAGCAGGAAUGUGACGGCGUAAGGAGUAACAUGAAUCAGCUGAGCAAAAUGAAAGUAACUGAGCUGCAGAUUAGGCCUUGAAUAAAUCGUGAAAUAAUGUCCGUCCAGAGAUUUUAGAGGGGGUCCCCAGCCCUGUCAACCAUGAAAGCUCAAGACAGGUGGACCUGCUCAGUUUUCUGGUUUCUUUUUCUUCACGUGGACACCUCAUGGGCAGAACGAUUUCAAGUUUCCGGAGCUCCUGAUCCAAUUACAGCUUUUGUGGAUGACGACGUGAUCCUCCCUGCUCUGCUCUCGCCACUUACUAAUGCCACAGCGUUUGAAAUCCGGUGGCUUAAAGAUGACUUCACAUCUCCGGUGCUUUUGUACCAGAAUUACAAACUCAAGCACGGCAACCAGAUUGAGGGGUUCAAGGAAAGAAGUCAACUUUUCCUGGAGGAGCUGAUAAAAGGCAACGUGUCCCUGAAACUGCAGCGAGUCCGUGUUUCUGACGAGGGCCUCUACAAGUGCUUUGUGGACUCUGGGUCCUGGUUUGAGGAGGCUCACAUCACACUGACUGUCCAAGUUUUGGGGACUCAGCCUUCCAUUUCCGUCAGCUCCACACAAGACCAUCAGACCCUGCUGGAAUGUAACUCUGAAAAGUGGAACCCUCAACCAGAAGUGGUCUGGAGGGACAAGAAUGGAAGAGAUGUGACACCCCUCUCCAAAAUGCACAUCGAACGGGACAGCGAGGGUCUCCUCAAAGUGAGCAGCAUCAUUCCUGUGGACCAGCAGGUCAGCGUAUUCUCCUGCAUGAUGAGGAGUUCGGCUCCAAAACCGGCUUGGCCUUCAGAACUCAGCAUCUACAGUUUAUCCCCAGGAAUCAAUAGAUGGAUGGUGGUGGUCAUUUUACAGCUUGUUGUUCUUGUCACAGUGACUCCUCUUCUGAUAACAAAAUGGAAAAGAAUGGAAGAUAUGAACCAGCGGUAUGACUCCAUAAUUCAGUUGCUUCAUGUUUGGAUCCUCCACAAACAACUAGAUGUGACAAGACGGGCGACAAAUUCAGAAUGGAGAAGAAUCAUCAGUUCUGCAGCUGACGUGAUUAUGGACGCAGAUACAGCACAUCCUUACCUCAGUCUGUCUGAAGACGGCAAGGAAGUGAGAAACGUCGGAAAACUGCAGACUGUGCCUGAUAAUCCAAGGAGAUAUCUGGAUUUUCACUCCGUUCAGGCUCGAGAGGCGUACACCUCGGGGAGACACUACUGGGAAGUGGAAGUCAGGAAGAAGAUUGAGUGGACUUUGGGAGUUGCCCUAGAGAUGGAGGGGAAGGGUGAGUUUUGUUCGGAGCCAUACAGGAGGGUGCGCCUGAGGAAUGAGAAGGAGUACUCGGUCGUCAGUGAGAAAGUGACUUCCCUUCUGGUGAGAAGGAAGCCGCACAGAAUCGGGGUGUUUCUCGAUUACGACGAAGGACAGCUUUCUUUUUACAAUGCGGAGUCCAGGGAACACCUGCACACAUUCACAGAGACCUUCAGUGGGAAACUCUACCCGUACUUAAGCCCCUGUUAUAAUUUACGUGGCAGGAAUAGUGCCCCUCUGGUGAUUCAUCCUGUCAACACAAGAGCCUGAGUUUCUUUGCCACCAUUUAACAGGUGAGCAGCUCAAAAAAGAAGGACACAACAUGCUGAACUCAGAGACAUGGCAAUCAAAACGCUCCAGGCUUUGUCCACCACAUUUUUACUAUUCAUUUGCAACAAUUCUUUGCUGCCAUUUUUGUUUUUAAUCUUAAAGUUAUUGAUCACUUCAAAAAUUCAUUUAAUCUUUUGUUUUAUAGUCCUGCUACUUUCAUUACAAUGUGGUUGGGGUUGUCCUGGUAGCACCAACCAAUGGAUGAGAUGCCAGUCUAUCACAGAGAUGAGGAAAAAAGCUAAACACUGCAGAUGAAAUCCUCCUGUCUGAACGUAGCUCAUCAGGGAGUCCUCCCAUCAGUCCCAGCACAGUUCUUCUGACUGAUGGGAACUGUAGUCCCUAUGCAGGCACAGCUACAAGAUUGCAGAUGAAAUUAAAAUAUGGUGAGGGGUACAGGGACACCACAAAACACCAAUCUUCCUGGGAUAAUGGUGUGAAUUUGACUCAUCGUGAAAUAAGUUUCACAAUUUUAUUUUUGCAAAGCCAAAGUCAAGUAAAAUGACCCAUUUUAUUGGCUAACUAAAAAGAUUACAAUAUGCAAGCUUUUGAGACAACUCAGGGCCCUUCUUCAAAAGCUUGCAUAUUGUAAUCUUUUUAGUUAGCCAAUAAAAUGGGUCAUUUCGCUUGACUUCUCACUAUAUCCAUAAUGGCUAACAUGGUACAACACCCUAGUACUGCAAAGCCAAACAAAAUCAGUUUUGCUCGAAUGGUUGUCUCAUCACUAAUAAUAGGCUGAGUGGUUGCACUGGUUAAACAGUCCACGAUCAUGCGGUGUUAUCCAUUCCACAAAAACAAAAAAACAGAACACCACAGUUCUUCUGACUGAUGGGAAUUGUAGUCCCUGUGCUGGCACAGCUACAAGAUCCAUCCAUCCAUCCAUCCAAUUUCCAACUCGCUGAAUCCGAACACAGGGUCACGGGGGUCUGCUGGAGCCAAUCUCAGCCAACACAGGGCACAAGGCAGGAACAAAUCCCAGGCAGGGUACCAACCCACCGCAGCAGCUACAAGAUUGCAGAUGAAAUUAAAAUAUACACAAAACACCAUUCUUACUGGGAUAAUGGCGUGAAUUUCACUCCACAUGAAAUAAGUUUCACAAUUUUAUUCUUUGCAAAGCCAAAGUCAAGCAAAAUGACCCUUUUUGUUGGCUAACUAAAAAGAUUACAAUAUACAAGCUUUCGAGGCAACUCAGGCCCCGUUGCUCAGUCAUGUUAAAUUUCUUUAGUUAUUCGGUUUGAUGUGCAUUCAGAAGGAGGAUGUUGGCAGCCUCAUCUGUGCGUCUACUGGUGUCGUUAGGCAGAUUUGUGGAUUUGAGUUUUGAGCACUGAACUCCGCAUCUCCUGUGGCUCUUCAGUAUCCGCUCUCUUAACAGAAGGCCUUUUGAUGGAGUGUGACACACCAUUUACUUCAAAUGCAUAUUUUGUUGUUCAUAUUUUCAUUAAGAGUUGAUGCUUCUUUCAAACUUACAUUAACUCUUACACUGUUACCAUAACUGAAUGACAAGAGAGCACACACAGCACCUGCGACGAUGCAUCGUUCACAUUUACUGCUUGUCCAUUGAUGCCGUUGAAUGCCAAUGUCUAAUUUGAUGUUACAGCAAAGGUUUAUUUUUAACAUGUGUGAUGUGCUCUCUGCACACAUGACACACACUAAAUGUCUAGAAGGGUUUUUUUUAGAAGACUUCUCGUAAUCAGAAGCUUGCUGUAUGUCAGUCCAGGUUAUUUGAGAGCACCUC